UGUCCUGGGAAGGACACUGAAUUUUGCUUGCCUCAAUCUUUCUCGGGCGCCGCCGCGGACAAGGAAAAGUCGCGUAUUUUGUGUUGCUGCCAGCAUACAUUACAUUCAUUUCGUCGUUCAUUGAAAAUCGAAGAGUUGAAAGAAAGACUCACAGCAACAAAAUGCAGUGGUGCAGAAUAUGAAUGAAUCCCACGCAGGAUUUCCCGUUAAACAGAGCCUCUGCACAACAACAACAAUAGUGAUAUAAAAACCAUCAAGCGGGUGUGAAAUAUCCCCAGCAUCAAAAAUGUCGACAAUUGUGGAACAGGCUGCCACAGCAGCAUCAGAGGCGGCACCCACAGCAUCGGUGGUGUCAUCCACGCCUCCUGCCUCCGCCACCGCCACAGCCACAGCCACAGCAGUGGCAUUAUCCGGCGCUAUCCCCACAGCAGUGACGACGGAAAUUGAACAACUGCAACAGGCAUUGAUCGAGAAACAGUCACAGCUUUACGCACUGGAAUCCGCCUGUCUGCGGGAGACGGAACGCCAGGUGGAGCUCGAGGACAGCGUGAUAGCGUGGCAGGAUAAGUACGAUCGCCUUUACGAGUCCCACAAGCGUGUCCAGAAGGUCAAUCAGAGUCUUGAGGACAAGAUGCUGAAGCUGGUGGACAGGAAUGCCAGCGAACGGGCCCAGCUGACGAGUGAUGUGGCCACGCUGAGUGUGCGGCUGGCCCAAGCGAACUUCAACAUUGCCAAGCUGCAAAGGGAAAUCGAACGCUACAAGGCUGACAUUAGUCUGGCGAUACAGCUGCUGCAAUGCAAACCGGAUAGUUUUGUGGCCCAAAAGGUGUCAUCGCUACCCAUUGAUAUCCAAGCAAAGGUAUCGGCUUAUAUGCGACUGGAGACCAAUUCGCAUUCCGAUUCCGAGUGCAGUAAUAGUGGUGUGGGCGUGGCCACCACAGCUUCCUAUAAAGUGCUUCCGGCCUCCGAUUCACCACCCCCAGCGGCCUGUCCCUUUCCGCCCACAGCGAUGGUCUAUUCGAUGCGGGGACUCGAUGAAACCAAUGGCAACAAUACGGGCAACAAUCCUCAACAGCAAUCAACCACAAAUAGCAACAGCAACAACAGCAACAACAACAACAAUGCCACAAAGGAUGCGCUGAACAACAAUAAUAUCAACAAUAAUAAUUCAAGCAAUAAUCCACAUAAAUUCAACAACAAUUCGAAUGGCAAUGGGAAUGGCAAUGGAAAUCACACGACAAGUCAUUCGAUGGCAAAUGCCAAUCCAGAUAUGAUCUCCCCCACGAUUAUGGCCAAAUUCCUGGAGGAUGAACUGAAGGCCAAUGAGGUGAAGCACUGCGAUACGUGUGCCUGCAGCAAACAGGAUCUCCAAGUGCUGGCCGAUGUCUCACGUUCCUAUACGGUGGCCACCCAGACGCCCCAUCAUCAUCAGCAGCAGCUGCAGGGCUCGUCCAACCUCAAUGAACCGCUGACCCAGCUGUGCCUGCGCUGCCACAGCAAUCUGAACUCUCCCUCGCGCACGAACAGUCCCUAUCUGAUGAAGCUGGUCAAGUCCAGUGAUUCGGUGAUAUCCGAGACAAAGAGCUCGGUGUCGGAUCUGAAUGACAUGGACAAACUCUUUACGCCGGUGAAGAAGGAUGAUCUGAUGGUGAAUCCCAUUCUGGGGCAUCAUCGGCUGUGCGAGCGGACGGCAGGCGUUACGGCCUCCACGCUGAUGUAUCCGACCACACAUCUGGGGGCCUAUGCGGCCGAAAAGUAUCUGCUGGAGACGGCCAGCAAUCUCGGCCAGCUGAGGAAUGGCUAUCAACGGAGGUUCCUGGAGGGCGGUGGCACCGCCUUGCAGCUGCUGAAUAAAUUUGAGGGCGGCUCAAGUGCCGCUGCAGCACAGGAAGAGCUGGAGGAUGAAGCGAGCAAACCCCUGCUGGCGGGUAUUUCACAGGGUAAUCUGCUGGAGACCGAACAACAGCCACUGCCACAGUUGCCAGUGCAGGCCAGCGAGCUGGAGGAUGUGUGUGAGCCGCUGCCUCUGAAGACAGCUGCUGGUGGAGCUGCUCCGGCUGCCGCGGCUGCCGCGGCAGCAGCGGCGGGUGCCCAUUUGAAGUCCACCAAUUCGGGCAGCGUUCAGAGCCUGUGGAGCAACAAAACCAGCAGCUGUGAGGGGGCCCGAAUGUUUGAGACAUUCAAUAGGAAUCUCAUCAAAACUAUUAAGGCGGAGAAUCCCAAGUAUCGAGGACCUCGACUGUGCGCCAUGCGCAUUCAACAGAAUGGCCAAAGCAACAUCCUGUUGGACAACUUGGAGUCCAUUGAGGCCUACAAGCCGGUGAUCUACAAGCGACGUGAACGGCUCUUGGACGAGGAACUCAACGAUGGCAAGGACAUCAUAACGUCCAGGGACAGCAAUGCAGCGUCUGCGGUGGAGGCAUGGCAGGGACCGGCGGCGCCACACGAGCAUGUGGUGCUGCAGCCCGUACUAGAACCACUCGUGGAACCCCAGCAAGAGACUGAACAGGAGGCGAGCAGCCAGCCAGCAGGCGAAACAGGAGGUGGUGGAGGAGGAGGGGGAGGUGCCACAGGCGGAGUCAGCAGGGAAGUGGCAGCCGUGCACUCGCCCAAACAUUCGGCAAACUCCAGCUCGAUGAGCGACGCGAUUGACUACCAGGAGAGUGUACUGCUGCGGCGCCAGCAGCUGAGUCGCGUGGCCGAGUGGGUGCAGCACAACACACAGCAGUUGGAGCAAAGGACACUGCAGCAGCCGCCGCUACCAAGCGACUCCACAGCGGGCACAGAGCGGCAGUCCUCGUACUCGACACUGGAUCGCAUGGACUCCAUUUCGAUAGAGAAGCUGUCGAUGGAUUCGGGCUACAAGACAACGCCCCAGCAGCUGACCAACGGCCCAACGGAGGACUCACUGUCCCCCAAGACGGACAUCACAAGCAAUUCCCUGCCAGAGCAGCCGGUGGUCCCGACGACGGCCAAAAAGACAGAACUGUGCACCACAUACUACAGGAGAACCACCAGAUCGGGUCUGCCAGUGGCAUACACCACCACAGCAGCUGCAGCAGCAGCAGCAGCAGCGGCAGCGGCCGCAGCCACUGGCACUCCUCCUGGCGGGGAUUCGCUGUCCUCUGGCUCCUCGGCGCCCCUGAUGUGCCCCGAACAGCCCACGUGUGAUAUCCUCAACUAUAAAUACUAUCCCAAUGAUACGGACAAGACGCGAUCCGUGCAGGCGGAGCUGCACACGACCACACAGCACGUGGACAUUGCUCAGAUGGAGUACAAUGUCAAGCAGUUCCUGCUCAAGCAGAACGAGUGGUCCAUGAGGGGAGAUGGUGCCACCCAGGGAGGCAAUGGCAAUGGCAAUGGCACAGGCGGCGGUGGCGGAGCAGCAGCCAUUUCAGGGGGAGCGCGACUGGUGCGGCACACACGUCUGAUGGGACCAGGAGUGGGAGAACGGGUGCGCAUGGCCACGCCUGGUGGAGCAGUGGCCGCCCAAACAGGCGCCAUGGCGCCGCACAGAACUGAAACGAAUUUAUAAGAAAAGCGAAGGUGGGGAAGGCAGAAAGAGGAGCAGCUGGAGGAGGCAGGGCAUGCCGCAUGGGUGCAAGCGACGAAUCCAAAGAGUAAACCAAACUGUAUUCUAGUCUAGUGUUUUUGCUACUUUUACGUUCAUAUUCUACGAUCCAUAUCCAUACGUAUAUCCAUAUGGAUCCAGAUAUAUACAUAAUAGAAGGCUAAGCAAUGUGCUAGAUGUGACUUAAGUUUGAAUUAGGUGCGAUCGGAUAGGAGCAAUGAUAAUGAUAAUGAUACUAUAUAUUGUACGAUAUAUCUUAUACACACACACACACACACACACACACACACCCAACUACAACUAGGAAUACUCGUAUUGCUUUGGAGCUUUGAAGAUUAUCCAGUAAAGCGAACAAAAAACUGUUUGUGGAGUAGAGAGCGAGCGAGAUAGUUGUGGCAUUUUUUUUGGUGCACUAUCUAUAAGAAAUUUUGUGCUUUUAAGCAAUAUAUUUUCAACAUUCAUAGCACUUGCUCUGAAAUUUCAAUCUAUAGAUUUUUUUUAUAAUAUCAAUUGGAUAAACCUUUAGAAGUUAAUUCCUUUAAAUCAUGUUGCAAAUUUUGUUCUACAUUGAAAUUGCAUUGCAUAAAUGUUUGUGCUUUAUAAUCUUAAUAAGGCUUUUUUAAAGCAUUCUAAACUCAUUCAAUAGAAAAACUCUUUGAUAUUCUUUUGAUUUAUCAUUAAAUAGUUAUUAAAUUAUGCUCCUUGUGAGCUGAGUUUUAAAUGUUUCAGUUUUUAGUGAGUUGGCACUUAAAACCUUUGCAAUUAUUUGAAAUCUUCUACCACUUAAAUUUCUUUAACUCUUCCAAGUCUUCCGCAUUUUGUACUCUCACAAUCUCUUUCUCCUUUCCGCAAGUCUUCCCUGGAACCCAAAACUUUAUUAUAUUUUUUCUAUCACCCAAUUAAUGCCACAACACUCUCAAAUCCCACAGCAGCAGAAGCAGCAGCAGCAGCAGCUAAACCAAAAGCAAAUCUAAGACAUAUGAUAUGGUUAUUCCUUAUAAAUAAAAAAUAAAAACAAAAACCAACAAACAAAAAAAAAACUAAAAAAAGAAAGAAAGAAAAUCUCAUAACAUUUUAUGUGUCUGAAUGUUAACCCACAAUUUGAAGCCCAUAAAAAAAAUAUAUAUUAUACAUAUAUGCUAUAUAUAUAUAUGUAUGUAUAAAUAAACGAUACGAUUGAUAUUUGAUAAGCGCGUGUUAUAUUUUCUAGAAUUUCGAUUGUGCAAUAUUUUUUAGUAGCGUGAAAUGAAUUUUUAUUUUUAUAAAAUGCGACCAAAAAACUAAAAGCAAGGGGAAAACCUGUUUUUAAUUUUGAGAUUUUAUUUGGAGAUUUCUAUUGAGCAUUUUCUUCAGGCCUAAAGCUUCAGCUAUCGCUAUAGCUAUCGAAAGAUUUAUAUAUACAAAAGAAAAACAAAAGUACUGUACCUUCUUAGCGAGAACAAAAACAAAACAAAAACACCAGACAACUGUACUCCAUUCCUGCCCAUUAGAUGACCUUCAUAUAGAACCUAUAAUCCUCUGCUAAACUGCUAAAUCAAAGAUAUAUUAUAUACAUACAUGUGACACAGACAGACAGACAGACAUACACGAGCAUUAUAAACGUAUCUGAACAGACAUAUGAUUGUAAUAACCCAUAUAUAUUUACAUGCAUCUAUAUAUACACAUUAUACAUACCAUAUAUAUCAUACCAAAUAUAUAUACGCAUAUAUUCGUGUAUCCAGCCCACAAGAAAACCCCCAAAAAACCCCCCAAAGAAAAACAUUCAACGGCUUCAAACCACACAACAACUCACACUUUUUCCACACAUC